CUGACAAGCCCUAUCACAUUCCUUCUGAGCCCUGAAAACCUUUAGAAGGAAUCUUGUUAUUAGAUUUCAGAGUGAAAGCUUAUGUUUUUAGGAUAGGUUUUGGAACUGUAGGACCAGUUAUAUUAUAUCUUAUCAAAGACAAGUUCCCUUACUUUCUCCAUUGCUUUCCCUAAAUCAGACCUCAGUGGUCAUCAUGACAGAUGCUUCUGUGACGCUGAGUGGGACAGAGUGUAACGGGGACAGACCGCCUGAGAAUGUCCAACAGUAUAUCACUGAGACCAGUAAGGGCACCGAUGAUGCACAUGAGACUCAGCCAUACUACAGGGUUGAGCCCAGUUUUGAAGAUUUACCUGCAAGAGGAAAUGAAGAAGAGCAUGGAAACACUAAAGAUAACAAACUACCCAAAGAGGUUGCAGGUGAGAAGAUUCUCCAUGAGAACCCAGAAGACGAUGUCUUUGUUGUUCACAAGGUCAUCAAAGAUCUUUCUCUCCAAGAAGCCAGUGCUGAUAACAUGGCAUUCAGAGAAGGGCAUCCAUGGAAGAAGAUUCCUCUGAGCAGCAGCGACCUGGAAAUGAGUACACAGAAGGAAAGUAUUUUCCACCAACCUCGGGAACACAGAGAAGACGAGAACAGAGCCUACCAGACAACUGAAAUUGAAUGGCUAGGGUUCCGGAAAGCUAGUCAAGUUGACAUAUUACAUUCUAGAUGUGAUGAGGAACCAGAAGUUUGGAAUGAAGAAAUUAAUGAGGAAGAUGUUGACGAUUGCAAUGAUGAUGAAGAUGAAGUUCGAGUAAUAGAAUUUAAGAGAAAACACAGUGAAGGUUCCGAAUUAAAAGAGGAAAACCAUGUAAGGCAGGACUCCCCACUAAGCAGCCCCAGCUCCCAGCCUGGGACCCCAGAUGAGCAGCCCAUGUUGGGAAAGAAGGGUGAUAUCUCGAGGAAUGCUUAUUCCAGAUACAAUACAAUAUCCUAUCGGAAAAUCAGGAAAGGGAACACCAAACAGAGAAUUGAUGAGUUUGAGUCGAUGAUGCACUUAUGAACUAAGUGAAAGGGAGAAACAUCAUGAGUGCUAUAGAAAAGCUAACUCCAUUGUGCUGAGAUAUCUUCCUCGGCCAUAUUUACAAGAUGUGUGAACUUAAUGCCUUUUCACCAUAAAACAGCAUGGAAAUAACCAUAUACAAAAUUCAUUCUGACAACCUCAAAUCAAAAAGCUUUUGGCUCAUUCCUGGCUGUCUGCUCUUUAAAAAUUAACUAAUAUAGCAUUAUGUGGUAAGCAUUGCCCCAGAGGCAAAUCUGGCUUUAAAAGUAGCAGUAGUAAGAGAGGCAGUCAAGGGAAAGAGAACUGUUGACGAUACUUGUUUUGGUGUCUCUGUUUUUCAGGCCAAUAGGAAGCCUGGAAUUAAACCCCUCCUCCACUAAACAGGGGUUUUAUAAAUUCUCCCAAUGAUUUUUUUUGCCUUUCUAUUUAUCUGUAAAAAAUACUGUAUCUUAAGUGGUUUUUCUUUGGCAUCUACUGAGUGAAAACUCAACAGAUCGCCUUUCUAGGUGUCACCAUUUCCUCACUAAAAGGCUGAGCAAUUGUCAGUCGGAAUUCUGUGUGCUAAGUGCUAGCUUUAUGCCUUCAAAAUGAAUUACAUGCAUUGUGAAGUUGAUCCAGGGAGGGGCUAGAUGGCUGGAGAGUGAGCAAUGGACUAGAGAGUUGUAUUGGAUAAUUUUAUUUUUGUUACUGAAAACAAAAUCUUCUCUUGCACAAUGAAAUAAUCAUAAAUAAAAAUGGCAAUUUUAGCACAAUUUUAAGGAAAUGCCUUUCUCCAUUAGCACACUUUCUUGUAUUAACAGUAUUUCAAAACCAAUUUCUUUGCUUAGAAAUGAGAGACAAUGGCAGUCAUAACUGUACUAGUUCGUAUGAAGAAGGAAAUAAUUAUCUUAGACUAUUUUAGAAGUAGGGUGUAAGCAUGUAUUUUUAGUAAAAAAGCUGAUAGCUGUGGGAAAUAUAUACUUUAUUGGACCAAUGCCCAAAUCAAGAAGCUUAAAAUUGCACGUGUGGAGCUUCAUUUGAACCAACAUGUCAAAUAAUGCCUUGAAUAUUUAUGAAAAGUGUAUAUUUAUACUCUUGGAUAGUUUAUUCCACAAAUUUUCAUUUUGUGCUUCUGUAUAUAUCACUCUGAUCUUUCUGUUACCACAGACAAAAAUAUCUUUUGGCUCCAAAUAAAAGACAGUUCUUUAUUGUUUGAA